AUGGCUAUGGUGAAAGCAAGUAGCGAGCGCCAGCAGUUUGCGCUUCUAGGCCUGCAGACUAGCAAAUGCUCCAGCUGGUCCACAAGCCCAUUGCCGCAGUCGAGAGUGUCGUCCGACUCGAAAAAAGCUGGGGCCCCUCAAACCUGUCCUCCAGAGACAGUCUUAUGCGGAAAGAUCACAAUAUUCGUAAACGCGGACUUCGACUGA